AGACGUAUUUUCAGUUGGCAAACGAUACGAAAAGCGAACGCAUUCAGCGUAUAAAGUCGAACAUUUGAAAAUAAAAGUGUGCUCAGACAGUUCUUUAUUGGCCAGUUCAGAUUGUUGCUGCUGCUGUUGUUAUUGUUGCAUUGUGUUGUUGCUGUUGUUCUUGUUAUUCAAAGUGUUAUCGAAAACUAAGCGAGCUGCAAAAACAAAUUUAAAAGCGCUAAAAUUAAUUGGCCCAUGUUACGGGCUCGCAACGAUUUCCAUUCAACGCGUCCGGCUGAUUUAGUUGUGUAAAGCACUUCGCAAACGUCGAUUGUGCGAAUAAUUAUUGUGCGGACAUUUACUAUAGGCAGUCAAUCACGAUGUACGGGCGUCCAGCCACGGGCAUUAGGAACUUUGAUUCCCUGAAGACCUGGGCCAAUUGGGCAGGUGCUCUCGGCGUGGUGCAAGCUGUCAUAUGGAUAGGCCUGACGAUAACGGCAAUCAUUGCAUAUAGCUGCAACAUUUACAUCGCGGAGACGAUGAACUAUGGCAACUUUGUGAAGGUCAUCUUCUUCGAUGUGUACUUCCAUGGCAGCUGCAAGAUGUCCCCGGAAGCCUACCAGAACUACAAUCGUACCUUGAUCAAUAGCGUUCACACCGUCUUCGAUCCCACACAGCUGCUCGUCUGGGACUGCGUGUACCUUGGCCUGUCCGCCUGCUGGUUCAUUGUGUCCGUUCUGCUCUUGACAGCCCUGAACAAAGACAAUGUGCAGCAGACGUUGAGCGUGAUCUACAGCUGGGCAUUCUUUGUGGGCUCGAUCUGUGCCAUGGACCUGGUGGCCGGCGUCAUCUUCGGCGUUGACUUUAGUCGCUUCCAUGCUCGGGCGUCCGAGUUCAAUGCGAACAGCAUCAAUUCCGGUUACCUGGAUCCCAAUGCCCCGCAACUCGUUGCUGGAGGCGUGGCAGCCAUGUCCAUGAUGCUGAUCGCGUUCAAGGGCUUCAUCAUGUGGCUGAUCAAUGUGUAUUUGCUCAGCUAUCUGCUGGCACGAGCUGUGCAAAUUUCCCAAGAUAAGGACGGCUCGGACACGCUCUUCAUGCCACGCAAAGACUCCAACGAUAUACUCAGUAGCAGACCACCAAUUCGCGCCUACGAAGAAGAGAAAUUGGAGGUGCAGGCAUAUACCAAUGAUGCCUACAUGCCAGAGACUCGCUCCACGGCGGAGACCAUCGAGGUGAACGAGGAGGCCAUAGUUCGUGCUGCUCAUAUGUCCCGUGACGCGAAUCUGAUGGAUCGCCGUUUCCGCAGCAUUGAUGCCUUCCAGCAGUAUCCGGCGCCCAACUCAAACAAUCGACCUCUGCGACAGUCCUCGCAGGGUCCUGUCCAGGAGACAAUAGUCAUGGCCUCCACUGGGUUCCCCAUGCCCGACUAUUCGCCACAGCCGAGUCCCAAUCCCAAUGGCAUACUGCGUCGCAAUCAGUACUAAAUGUGUGCCAAGGCAUUUCCACCUAAAGUAAUCCAUAUAAUUCUCAAAUAUUUAACGCCCCGCCCCCGCCGCCAACGCCAACGGCCUCGUUACACAAGUAAAGCCAACAAAGAAGUAAAGCAGCUAAAAUUAAGUAAGACAAAAUGUACUUGGCGCCAAUUGUA